AUGCUUGCGGCACCGCCCGCAGCGCCUGCGGCGCCAAGCUUCUCCUGGGAGAUCGGAUUCGACCGAAUUGUUCUGGAGCGGUCCGUGGGACAGGGUGUGACGGCCCACGUAUACGAGGCCAUCUUGGACGGUCGAUAUCAGGAAGUGACUUCGAUUCGCCCUGCUUUCGGGAUAUCGCAACAGCAUGGUCGAGCGCUGCAGAAGCUUAUUCUCAUUUGUUUGCUGCUUGUGGACAUGCUUUCCUGCGUGUGUUGCCAACUUGAUGAUUUGGAAUGA